UGCAGUUGGCUGAAGUGUGCUGAAGCGGGGUGGCUGCUUUGGAUAACGCGUUGUUAUUAUCGUCGCGUAUAUAAUUUAUAAUUUAUUAUUAAAGUGUGUUAGAAAAAACACGUGGUGCAAAGCGCUAUUUUGUCACGGAUGAAAGAAAACAUGAGUGUAAUUUCGUGUUUGCUUCUUCUGAUUAUCGGAAUUUUCGAGUCAUUCGCCGCAGAAUGGAACACAAAGGACUACAUGAAACGUGAACACAGUCUGGUCAAGCCGUAUCAAGGCACAGGUAUGACAAUGCCUUAUUGGGACUUUAUGGGAAGUACAAUGGUAACUAAUAAUUAUGUCAGGUUAACACCUGAUUUACAAAGUAAACAAGGUGCCUUAUGGAAUUCUGUACCAUGCCAUGUACGAAACUGGGAACUACAAGUUGAGUUUAAAGUACAUGGAAAGGGAAAAGACUUAUUUGGAGAUGGUUUUGUCAUUUGGUAUGCCAAGGAAAGAAUGAAAGGAGGUCCAGUAUUUGGAAAUCAAGACUAUUUCCAAGGAUUAGCAGUAAUACUUGACACGUACAGUAAUCAUAACGGUGCACAUAGUCAUCAACAUCCUUAUAUCUCAGCAAUGGUUAAUAAUGGAUCUUUACAUUAUGAUCAUGAUCGCGAUGGUACUCAUACACAACUCGCAGGGUGCGAAGCAAAGUUUAGGAAUGUAGAACAUGGUACACAUAUAGCUAUAAGAUAUGAGAGGGAUGUCUUAACAGUUUCAACGGAUAUUGCUGAUAAACUAGGAUGGAAGCAAUGCUUCCAAGUGAAUGAAGUUAAACUACCAACAGGAUAUUAUAUGGGAAUUACCGCAACCACGGGUGAUUUGUCUGACAAUCAUGAUAUACAGUCAAUUCGUUUGUUUGAAUUAGAUUUACCAGAUGAUCCUAAAGACCAAGAAGAUAGAUCUCAAAUUGUGCCCUCAGCAGCGUUCUAUGAUGCACCAAGAGAACGCAUAGAAGAUACGAAGCAAUCUGGCAUGAGUGGUAUAAAGCUUUUCCUAAUUAUGCUAGUUGGUGCACUUGCAUUAAUAGUCAUUGUUGUCAUUGCCAUUAUGCUAUACCAGAAACAUCAGGAAAAUAGCAGAAAGCGUUUUUACUAAGUCAGCUUUUUUUAGAUAGCGUGUAUGUCUCUUGAACGUCACAGUUUACCGAUUUCUCUUUUAUCCAGAAUCCUUUGUAUACAUAAGACAUAUUAUAGAUUAUAAAAUACUCAUAAGACUGUUCUUUUUUUUUUUCAAAAAUUAAAAUAAAGAGUGAUGACAAAAAGACUUGUUUUUUCGCCCAUUUUAUAGGGUUGAAUUUUGGGACCCCAAAUUUCAAACUUUUUUAUGCCAAAUAGUACUAUUAGAUGAAACAUUAAUCCCACUAAAAUUUUAAGAUGAACAUAGGCACGGUUCCUUAGAUAUGAAAAAGUGAAAGUGAUAAUUUCUCAUAAAACUGACUAAAAAUCAUCACUUUUCCCCUUGUAUCUUCGAAACCAUGCCUAUACUCAUCUCGAAAUUUUACUGGGAUUAAUAUUUCAUCUAAUAGUACUUUUUGCCAUGAAAAAAAAGUUUGAAAUUCGAGGUCCCAGAAAUGGGCGUUUGUCAUCACUCUUUAGCAUAAAGUUAUGUAAAUGGUGUUUUUUUUUUGCAAAAGAAUAAAGGCUUCAGGAUAAAGGAGAAAUAUGUAUGUAUGCAAGUAUUUUAACAACUUAAAACAUUUGCCGAAUGUUGUCUCAUUUGUAUAUUAAAUUGAUUGCCAAUUGUCAUUAAUUGAAUUUUAAUGUGUGUCUAUUUAAUUUUAUUAUAUCUAAAAGUACGUAUUUAUUAUAGUUCUUAUAAACCAAAGUUAUUAGUUCUUGAGAUGCCACAAGGAAUUUGACAGUUUCUUAUAUACCUGACUUGUAAAAAAAAAUAUAUUGGGAAGAGAUAAUAAUUAACUUGAGUGUAUUAUAUGUGUACAUUGUUAACUAUAUCAGAAUGAUGUUGAAAAAUCUUCCAUAUGUUAAUUUCAGACUAAAUAUUCAAGAUUUUUGCCGUCGCAUGUUUUUUUUAAACCAUUUAUCCAAGUUGGAAUGUAAAUGUAAAUUAAUUCUAAUAUAUUCAGUAAUUUUUAAAAAAUAUUUAAAGAAGUACAUCACAAAUAAAAGGAAUGUUUCUUAGAGGAACAAAAAACAAUUCUUUUUGAUCCUUUUUUUUUUAUUUUUUUUUAUUAUUUUUUUUUUUUUUUUAAUUCGGUAAUUAUUUGCAAUUGCAGAUUAGAUAUAGUGAAGAAGACUUUAUUAAUAUAGAUUUUAUAUCUGUACAUAAAGGAAAAAUUAAUAUUAUAUUCGAAGCUCCCAUAUUGUAUACAGUUUGUGUUAGAACUUUUUGCAAAUUAUAUACAUCUACAACUAUAAACAGAUUAUUAGUCUGUUGACUAUAUUGAUCAUACGAAUUAUGUAAUAUUAGAAUGGAACUUGACAUUGUAUCAAAGUACAACAUAAAGAAAACGCAAUAUGGAAGAUUCUUUAAUGUAUAUUUCAAUAUAUAAAAUAAUUAAAUAGUGUAAAACUCUGUAUUGUAUAAUAAAGUUCUUUUAUAUGGAAAUUAAGAAAAAGAGGGAACCAAACCGUUUAAUAAACAAUUGUCUUGUUAUCAAUAUGAUGUUAUCAUUCGAAACAAUAAUGUAUCAUGUUGCCAAAUACAAAAUAAAUAUGUCUAUAUAAUUCUAAACAAAA